AUGGCCCCGGGAAGGAGUUUUUCCUUUGAAAACGAGAUUGACCAAAGGUCACAACCUCAACCAUAUCACUACGACCAACAAUACAGAGAUUCGCCUGCCCGAGACAUAAUCUCUCCACCUCCACAAUACGCUACCCACCAGGUCUCUCCACCUACUUCACCUCCAACACGUCCUGUUCAACCAGACACUCGACUGCUCAGCGAUCAGUCUCCUUCUCGUCGGGCCGCACCUACACCCUACGACGAUAUCCCACCGCCUCCUCCCCCGCCUCAUCGCGCCAGCCCAACCAGGCUGGCGCGUGACGACUCUGGCCACCCACAACAGUACAAUCGUCCUUUCUCGGAAGUGACGACCGGCAUGGACAAUUUCAGCGAUCGUGCAGAGGGAGGUGGGUUGACCAGUGUGGCACAAGGAGUGGCAGACCGUCAUCCUCGUGACAGUGGCAUGGAUGCUGUGCGAGAGAUGCCUCAGUCCUAUUCUCCCUACAAUCCAGGCUGGCCCCGAGACAACUACAACCAUCAUGCCCCGCAACCGCAACCGCCUCCCUCGCGAUUGCCCAUGUCUGACCGUAAUUCCUACGGCUCUUCCUUUGCUCUUGCUGCCGGAGCUGCUACUCCUGGAACCAUCACUCCUACCAGUUCUCCUGGGCCCCGGUCUGAUCGCUUCUCUGGUAGAAGUAUUCCUCUCGAGGACUACCAUUCCAAUUCCAGUCAUCCCAUGGCCUACCCAGGCUACCAAGACUCCCCUUAUCAGAAUUCCUACAAUCCUUCCAUGAACUCCUCAAACAUUAUGCAUCAAGCCAACAUCAACCCCAACAACAUCCUCGACGACGGUGACGACUUUCCCACUCAACGGGAUGACAGUGGCCCGAACGCAAAUGGCAGAGGUCCUGCUGGUCCUGCUGCCGCUGCCGGAGGUGCUGGUUUUUUCGGAGGACUCUUUGGUCGCAAGGGAAGAAACGUCACUCCCAGCGGUACAUACGAUGCUGUCGGAGCCGGUUCCAAAGCCGAAAAGAGUGCAUGGUUGGCCAGCCAGGCCAAGGGAAAGCGUAACAUGCGACGCUGGGUCGGUGUGGCCAUUGGUGCCGUCAUUGUCCUUGCGCUGGUGGGUGGUAUUGUGGGUGGUGUCCUCGGCACCCGAAACUCAGAUGGUGGUGGCUCUUCCAGCAGUGGUAGCACUAAUAAUGCAGACGAUGACACGGCGGCCAACGGUGAUCUCGACCUCAACUCAGCCGAAAUCAAAGCCCUGAUGAACAACCAGAACCUCCACAAGGUCUUUCCCGGUAUGGACUACACUCCGUGGGGUACGCAAUACCCUCUCUGCCACACUUACCCUCCUUCGCAGAAUAACGUCACUCGCGACAUGGCUGUUCUUGCCCAGUUGACAAAUGUUGUCCGCCUGUACGGUACCGACUGCAAUCAAACCGAAAUGGUCCUCCACGCCAUUGACCGUCUCCAACUAAAGGACAUGAAAGUCUGGAUGGGUGUUUGGAUAGAUACCAAUCAAACCACCUCAGAUCGUCAGUUGGCACAGAUGUACAAGAUCCUCGAAGACACAAAGGACCCAGAGUCCAUCUUCAAAGGAGUCAUUGUCGGUAAUGAAGCUCUGUACCGCGCUGGAGAGGACAAGGCCCAAUCAGAAGCAGAAUUGAUCGACAUUUUGACCCAUGUUAAAUCAAACUUCUCUGACAAAGGAUACAACCUACCCGUCGCUACCUCAGAUUUGGGAGAUAACUGGAACGCUCAGCUCGUCACAGCCGUCGAUUAUGUCAUGUCCAAUAUUCAUCCUUUCUUUGCUGGUGUGACUGCCGACGUUGCGGCUGGCUGGACAUGGGACUUUUGGCAAGGCCACGAUGUCAUUUUGACUCAAAGUCUGCCAGACAUAAAGCAAGUCAUCAGUGAAACUGGUUGGCCUAGUGGUGGAGGCACCGAUUGCGGCGGCACUGAUGGUUCCUGCACUCCAGGGCAAAGCGGUGCCGUUGCUAGUGUCGACGGUAUGAAUACAUUUAUGGAUAAUUGGGUGUGCCAAGCGUUGGACAAUGGCACAGAUUACUUCUGGUUCGAAGCCUUUGAUGAACCAUGGAAAAUCGUUUACAACAAAGGAGACCAAAAUUGGGAAGAUAAGUGGGGUUUGAUGGAUCCUGGGAGAAACCUGAAACCAGGUCUCAAAAUUCCCGAUUGUGGUGGUAAGACAGUAUGA